UAUUUGUCAAUUGCUUCAUUAAGAAAACACUUUGCUUCUUUCUAUACAAACUCUCAGAAUAGUAAAGCGAAUCAGUGGCGUAAAAAAUUUCGAGCUUUAUCGAGAGUGUCAUAAUUUCAUUGCUGUUAUUUUGCAUUAUUUAGCAGUCUCCAGUUCAGUUGCUGAGAUCAGUCAGUGACCAGUCGGUAGUCUGGACUCAGUUGAUUUUUGGCGGCGCUUUUGUGUUCAUUGCUGGUUUGUUUUUUGCUGUGGCUUAGACUUUUAUAUUGCAAAAUUGGUCGCAUUUUGGAUAACAUUUAUUAAAGACAUUAAAUUACUUACACCGAAAAAAAAGAUGAGCGAGAAACUUUCGCAUAUUAUUAGCAAUGGUGAAUUGGAAAUUGUCAAGAUCACUGAGGAGCUGUACGAUGAUGCAGUACAGCUGUUUACCGACAAUUUUAUACCACAAGAGAAUGCUAGCAUCGCUACCAAAACGCCCAGUUCACCACAAGCUAUUGAAGAGCUGCAGUGUUUAUGCCGAAAGUUACUCACAGAGAAUACCUCUUUCGCAGCGCGUAACAUUGCUAAUGGCGAGUUAGCUGCCAUCGCCGUCAAUCACCUAAUGUCAUCGAAACCUGAAAACUGCACGCUGUUCGAUUCAGUGAACAAAGUGCGGUCACCUGCUAUAAAAUGUAUCAAAAAUUUUUUGGAACGCAUCGAUACCAGUGCCGACAUCUAUAAGACACUGCAAGUGGAUUGUGUACUUGAGAUUGUCUUUCUUUCAACUAACUACAAAUAUGUGAAACGUGGCUUAGCCAGUUCUCUUGCCGAAUAUACGAUUGAGUAUGCGCGGCGUCUGCAGAAGGGCCCAUUAUCACCAGAAGAUUUGCCAGCUGUAGAAGUGCGUGCGCUUAAACCAAGUGCAGUUUGCUCAGUAUUCACAUCGAUCUAUACGCAACGCAUUGGACGAAAAUUUAAUUUCGAGAUUUUGAAUCAAAUACCGUACACGGAGUUUACAUUUGAGGGGAAAACAUUUGCGGAGCGUAUAGAUCCUAAGCAUACGUUUUCGACAUUCGAGGCUUUGCGGCUGUAAGGUUCUACUCGAAAAAUUUUUAUAUUUGUAGAAGACCAUGUCUGGAAAACUAACAAUUUAACUAACACACAAGGGUUAUGGGGCAAACACGAAAAGUGUCUCCAUUUUAAUGGAGUUUCGCUGAACCGAAAUAAAUACUGAUAUAUAUGUUCAGAUAUUUUCUGCA